UGGUGUACCAAGGUGUAUCCUUGAACACCCUGAGCAGAGCAGAACAGCUCUGCUCAAGUGGCUCAGCCUGGGAGCUCUCCUGAAGCGGAGCCUGCUUCUGCAGGACUGGGGCUGGGGCUGUCGUCUGGCCUCAGGGAGAUUAAAGAGUCCAGCUUAAGAAACCAACACCAAGGAGAUCUUGCAGGGCAAAAGAGAAAGAGAGAACAGUGUGCAUACAUGGUUACAUUCCAGAAAAGUACAAGAACAUACCCCGGUCCAGCUGGCUUCCUGAUGCCUGGAUGGAGUGUCUGCCAGAGGGUUUCUGGAGGAGAACUUUUUGACUUCCUGGCACAGAAGGAGUCUUUGAGUGAAGAGGAAGCAACCAGGUUCAUCAAGCAGAUUUUGGAUGGUGUGAAUUACCUUCACUCUAAGAAAAUUGCUCACUUUGAUCUAAAGCCUGAAAACAUAAUGCUUCUAGACAAGAAUAUCCCUAUUCCACACAUCAAACUCAUUGACUUUGGCCUGGCUCACAAAAUAGAAGAUGGAGUUGAAUUUAAAAAUAUAUUUGGAACUCCGGAAUUUGUAGCUCCAGAAAUCGUAAACUAUGAACCACUUGGACUAGCUGCAGACAUGUGGAGCAUAGGAGUCAUCACCUACAUACUGCUUAGUGGUGCAUCGCCUUUCCUUGGAGAAACUAAACAAGAAACCCUUGCCAACAUCACAGCUGUGAAUUACGAUUUUGAUGAAGAAUUUUUCAGUAAUACUAGUGACCUGGCAAAAGACUUUAUUCAGAAACUACUGGUGAAAGAUACACGGAAGCGGCUUACAAUUCAGGAAGCUCUGUCUCAUCCAUGGAUAACGCUGAAAGAUGAAACCAAAGUCCAGGAAAACAAGAAGGUGGAGAACGCGCAGCUGAAGACGAAAUGCCUGAGGGAGUACACCAUAAAGUGCCACUCGAGCAUGCCCCCCAACAACACCUACAUCAACUUUGAGCGCUUUGCCCGCGUUGUAGAGGACAUUUCCCGUGUGGAGCAGGGUUUCAGCACCUUGGCUGCAUCCCAUGAUUCCUUGCAGGAGGACAUGGAUGCUCUGCUUUCCAUUUAUAAUGAGAAAGAAGCUUGGUAUAAAGAAGAGAGUGAAAGCGUGAGGCACAUGCUGUCCCAGCUGAAGUAUGAGUACCGUAAAAUGGAGUCCCUGAAAAGGCACUUGCACGAUGAUAGUGAGGCUGUCGGCGCCAGCCUCGCAGGUGUGUGCGGGAAAUAUGCUGAGCUGCAGAGCCAGUAUGAAUCCCUCAGACAGGAACUUUCUGAGGAAAUCAAGUGGAUACAGGAUUUAAUGAGCAGUUUUCAACUGGAAAAUGAAGCCCGUGUGAACGGAAACUUUGACUCUGUUUUCAACAAAGAUAUUAAUGAAUCACUAAUGGAGCUGUUAAAUAGAUCUUGCUGUGAAGGAUUCCUUGCAGGGUUGAAUCUUGAUGUGACAGAAUCUCAUCAGUAACACUGAGAUCAGGCUAAGUGUAGGGUUUGUUGCUUGUUUCAACGUACGUCAGUUUAAAAAGGUUCCAGUGCAUAGAUUCUACACAAAAACAUGACCUAGGAUUAAAGUUCUGAUGUAUUGCACAAGCUGCUGACCAAGGCUAUAAUCUCCCAGUGUCGAAGUUGUUUUGUUUUUUCCCUGCGUUCGGUGUCUGAACUUUCAGGAACAAGAUCAUCUCAGUGGUAUGGACACAUCUAACGCCAAAACCUUUGGUAUUGCCUAUAUUUUACUCUGCACCAUGUAUUAAAAUUUUUAAAGUUCUUAAAGAUUACUGGUAAUUAAUAAGGAAUAAAGAAUAAGUCAGUCUGUACUUACUAGAAACUGGGUACCUGGAAACUAAUAAAAAAUCCCUUUAUAGCAUCUUUGGUUGGCUGAAGGAAACAGUUGGAUAGCCCUGCUGCAGGCAGUUCUAUACACCUUAUGAUACAAAUAUUUGCAAAGGUUAAAUUUGUAAAUUAAAGCAAAUGGUGUAGCAAUUUAGCUAGUAGUGUGGAAAGUCACUGUGAAAUGGCUGUGCCAAUGAAGAAUGUUAGGAUUAGUGUUUAGGCCAAUUGUGCAGGGUGAACUCUUUUACCAUCAAAGGUAAGGUGAAUUUUAAACUAAAGGAUUAAUCGACAGCUGAGUUUCCUGUCCUGUACCAAAGAAAUCCUAUUCAAAAACACCACUGGGAACUUGUAAUGAUGAAAUAAAUGACUGUGUAAUUCUGCAGUGCAAAUGUCAAUUUUAGACUAAGUGAUAAUAUAGUAAUCUGGUUUGUUUUCUACAGUGAAGAAGAUUACAAAGCUACAACUAACUUAAUCUGUGGUGUGACAUUUGAGACUAGUGUUCUUGCUAUAAAGAUUUUUUUUUCCUUAGAUUUUAAAAAGUAAAAGAAAACCCAGCCAUGAAUCAUGCCAUGCUGUCUUGUAUUUGAAAGAAGUAGUUUGAUGAUACUGUAUUAAUAUGCACAGAUGUACCAAUCUCGUUUUUGAACACAAUAAAUAGUUAUUUAUGCAGGA